AGCGCCGCACAGUUGAUUGUGUGAAGCAGCUGCAGAUACUGGUGGUCUAGGCAUCUCCUUGUUAGGGUCUCCUCAGUUCAGACGGGUAGUAUGGAUCACACAGAGGUACUGAAGCCACAGACCCUGGAUGAGCUGAUUCAGAUUCUGCAUGAGAUCUUUUCCAGUGAUAACGUCAAUGUGGAGGAAGUCCAGAAUAUCAUUGAGUCCUAUGAAAGUAACCCACUGGACUGGAUGAAGUACGCCAAGUUUGACCCAUACAGGUACACCAGAAACUUAGUGGAUGAAGGAAAUGGGAAGUUUAAUCUCAUGAUUCUCUGCUGGGGUGAAGGACAUGGCAGCAGUAUCCAUGAUCACACCGACUCACAUUGCUUCUUGAAGAUACUCCAGGGCAACCUCAAGGAGACGCUCUAUGACUGGCCCCAGAAAAAAUCUAAUGGAGAGAUUGUAAAGAAGUCAGAAGGAGUACUGAAGCUGGACCAAUGUGCCUAUAUCAAUGACUCAAUUGGUCUUCACAGAGUGGAAAACACAAGUCACACAGAGACUGCUGUGAGCCUUCACUUGUACAGUCCUCCUUUUGACCACUGCCAAACUUUUGACCAACGAACAGGACACAAAAAUACAGUCAAAAUGACUUUCUGGAGCAAGUUUGGGGAACGAACUCCACUGGUAACAGCGCCAUCCCAGGAAAACAACUAACUUUGCCUGGAAGAAUUUAUUGGAAUUGUUCUUGAAAUCCUGUGGAGCCCUGAAGGCCAUAUGGAAAUCAUGUGACCAAACUGUACAUGUAUCCUCAGUAGAACCCACAAGAUGGCAGUUCUGGAAUAAUGACUUUAAGUUGUCCUCAGGGUUUAAGCCUUAAAUAGAAUUAGGUAUCUUUAUAUUUUUAAAAGACAGAACAUUUUUCUUUCCAUUUUAAAGAUCUUUAUAAUUGUACAUGUUCUCCUGUUAACCUAGCAUUUUGUUCUUAAAGCAUCAAAGACAGAAAUUUUCAUAUUAAAUAAACUACGUGUAUAGAUUUUUAAUGCUCUCGUAACAAAUGUACAUUUUGAUCUACAAAUAUUUUUAGAAAAAAAAGCUGGCAUAUGAAUUUGGAGUCUUCACCAGGAGCAAUAAAGUUCAAAUUCA